GUCCUUAAGUCGUGGAGGGCACGAUGCUCCCCACUCUCACUGGACGCCACCUGCCGCACCUGCGCCUGUUCUGGCAGUUGGAGAGCCUGUGACUUUGCCCGUACAGGCAGCGCAGGUCAUACCUGCGGACAUGUGCCAAGGCCUUGGGGCCUUCUGGUGCCCACAGCAUCCGCAAUCUUUGCAAGCCUCGUCAGCUUCGCGGGCCCUUGACCAGGAGCUACUGGAGCUGCAGGCCCUAAUCAAGCAGGAGCGUGGUAAAGACGAGGAGCUCAUGUCGCAGACUCAAAGAACUCUACUGGCACAGGAGGUUAUGGCUCAGGAGCAAGAAGAGCUUCAACGAAGACAAAACCGAUGCAAGGAGCUGGAGGUGGAAAUGGCGCUGCAGAAAAAGGAUUUGCAACACGCCCAGGAAUGGCAGAAGCUGCAGCAGCAAAGGCAUGCUGCAGAGUUGCGUCACCAGGCCGAGGUCCUGGAACUGAAGUACGAGGCAAACUCUUUGGCAGAGCAGGAGGCUUGGCAGCAGAUGGAAGCGCUCCUCCAUACCACGCAGCGAAAGCAGGCUGAUCGAGCGCAGGAGUUGGAAAUGCAGGACUUGGCAGCCUCGGUGGAGACGGAGCGCUUCCUCUCCACAGAGCUACGAGCACAGUGCGAGAAGACGCAGAGCUCCCACUCUUCGAAGCUGCGGCAGGUGAAGGAUCUGAACGCCCGCCUUGCAGGCCAUGAGCUUGAGAUCCUUGCCCUGGAGAGUGCUGCGACACAGCGGGACUCGGUUUGCAUACAGCAGGAGCUGCACUUGCGACAGCAGCUCUACACUGAGCAAGCUAGCUACCGUACCGAGUGCGAGAGCCUUGAGGCAUCUGUCGAGGUUCUCCGCAACGCCGAGGAGCGCGCGCGGCAGGCGUUGCAGGAGGCGAGCACCAGCCGCGCACGUGAGCUGUCACUGGAGCAGCGCCUGGAGCAACUGCAGGCGCAGGUCGAAGCACUGGAGGCCUUGAAGGCACGUCCGCCCCCUGAGCCCACGCCGCCUCCACAGCCUGCAGUGGAUGCCUCAGACUAUGUGGCUUCGGCUCCUUCGGACGAACUGGACCGGUCGCUUGAGGCGGAAAUUCGGUCCCUGGGUGUUGGCUGCCUGAAGGGCAACGUGCUGACAAGGACAGGCCCGAAGAAGUACAAGCUAGGAGAUCAGAAGGUCUUUAUGCAGCUUUCGGAGGGUGCCGGUGUCGCAGUGCGAGUUGGGGGAGGAUACAUCCCCCUAGCGAAUUGGGUACGCGAGCUCACAGCUCCUGGAGACAAAGGCUCGGAUGAUCCCUUUCAAGCCUUGGAUGCCUCCUCGCCCUUUGCUGCGGUUUGA